UCUUCUCUUUCCGUCAAACGUCCAUCACGCACACACGUAAACUAGUAGCCAAAGUCUUUCAUAGCGUUCGUUCCUUCUGCAAAACACGCCAAACAAAAAGCCGUAGAAUUUGAAAGCAAUUUACAAGAUCUUGGACAUUUGAAAGGUCCAAAAGCAUUCGAAAAGAGGGCAAGUAGAUGGUUUGAGUAGACUUUCUUUGUCUUUUUGUGGCGGUGACGUGAUUCUUGGUAGCGGGUACCCUUAGGAAACCGACGUGCUGCGUCCAGUGUGUCGCCGCUGACGCGCAGUGCCUCUCGCCGCCACCACCAGAGCCGCCACCUGUCCGGCCGACCUCACGCCACACCGUUCCUCAUCUCCUGAGCGGCACCCAAGUCUUGAAGGGCCUGCAUCGAGAGCGUAUAGGCAGCAAGAGCAGCAGCAGAAAAAGAAGCAGCAGCAGUCUUAGUAGCAGAAGCGGCAGAAGUAACAGCAUCAGGAGGAGGCAGACAAUGGUGAUUCAGGUGGUAGGUGCCCUGGCGGCGGCGGUGAAGGUGAACUACUCCCGCACCCUCGUGGACAGCUACACCGCAUGGCUCCACUACCACUGCACCACCAUCUUCCUGCUGGUGGCAGGGGCGCUGGUCAUGGCCGGGGACUUCGUGGGGGACGGCAUGCAGUGUCUCCAUGACGGCGCGGACUCCCCGAAGCCCAUCAACACCUUCUGCUGGAUCACCUCAACAUUCACCAUCAACUCGACUGACACUUUAAAGGGACUUGGAACCUACAAUCCUGAGCUCCACGAAAAGACGGUUCACGCCUAUUACCAAUGGGUUCCGAUAGUUCUGGCCAUACAGGCCGGCUUGUUCUACCUGCCGCAUUACCUGUGGAAGACGAUAGAGGGGAAGCAGGUGGACCAUCUUCUGCAGGACCUCAACCGUUCGCUCUUCGAUGACGACGCCGACAAGAAGAUCAAGAACAUGGUCGAUUACUUGCGUGAGUCGUGGGGCCUCAACGUGAAGUACUAUCUGGGCCACUUCCUCUGCGAGUGUCUUUACCUGGUCAACGUCGUGAUGCAGAUGUUCCUCAUGGACAAAUUCUUCAGCGGCGCCUUCAUGUCCUACGGUACCAAGGUGUUCGAGCAGCUUCGUUCCACCGACGACCUGCACAGAAACUCCCGGAUGCUGGAGGUGUUCCCGCGGAUGGCCAAGUGUCUGUUCUACAGCUACGGGAUGACGGGGGAGAUCCAGACGGACGACGCCUUCUGUAUCCUGCCGCAGAACAUCAUCAAUGAGAAGAUCUACCUCUUCAUGUGGGUCUGGUUCAUCAUACUCACCAUCAUCACCUGCCUCCAAAUCUUGUGGCACGUGGCAGUCUACAGCAGCGUCGCCCUACGAACAAAACUCAUGGGCAUCCGCAUCCGUGCCACUGUGCCGGGUAGGAUGAAGCAGGCACUCAGACACAUGCACAUCGGGGACUUUUGCCUCCUGAACAGCAUCGGCAAGAACCUGGAGGUGAUGCACUUCAGGAAGCUGUUGGAGGGCGUGACCAAUGCGUCCGAGGAGGUGCUCGAGCCCUCCGCCCCCCUCGUCUACGGCACCUACAGGCCCUUCUCCAACAACUCUUCAGCUGCGGAUACGCUGCCGAGGAAACGUAACCUGUACCCGACCUUGAGUAUGGGGGAGUGAGGGACUACCUUGACUUAGGGAGGUGAUGGAUUGAUUACCUUGAUUUAGGAGGUUUUAGGGAUUUAGAGAGGAUGGAUUACCUUGAUUUAGGAGGUUUUAGGGAUUUAGAGAGGAUGGAUUACCUUGAUUUAGGAGGUUUUAGGGAUUUAGAGAGGAUGGGUUACCUUGAUUUAGGAGGUUUUAGGGAUUUAGAGAGGAUGGAUUACCUUGAUUUAGGAGGUUUUAGGGAUUUAGAGAGGAUGGAUUACCUUGAGUUAGGGAUGUUAAAGGAUGUAUUACAGGUGAUGGAUGGGUUACCUUGAUUUAGGAGGUCUUAGGGAUUUAGAGAGAAUGGAUUACCUUGAGUUAGAGACGAGUUACUUUGAGUUAGGGACAUAUAGGAUAGGAUACCUUUAAGUUAGGGAGGUAAGGGAUAGGUUACCUUGAUUUAGGGUGGGGAGGUGAUGGAUUACCUUGAAUUAGGAAGGUAAUGGAUAGGUUACAUUGAGUUAGGGACACAAGCGCGGCAUACGGCGGCUUAACUUGUGCUUGAGCUUAACAACGUGAAAGUUUUAUGAUCUUUGAGGUAUAACUUGCAUUCCAGCUUUAUUUUAACAGUGUGAAAAGGAUUAUUUACACACAAGCUUAAACUAGUAACGUGAGAGGUAGGUAGAUAGGUAGGUAGGUGGAUGGCUAGGUAGGUAGGUAGGUCUUUGGGGUGUAACUUGUACCUUCGUGUGUGUGUGUGUGUGUGUGCGUGUGUGUGUGUGUGUCCGCCCAUUCUUUAUUGUCCUCUGUCGUUUUCUUCCCUCUUCGUACUCAUUGUGGUGUCGAUUGGUGAUAGUGGAGUCCAAAGAGUAGUGAUAAUGGUGAGAUAGUGUGAUUAAUAAAGAAACCAUUAUCGAGGACGCCGUGUUAUCGCCGAGACAGGUGAUGACAGAAAAACGAUUAUAUAUUUCCAGAGUUAUCAAUUAAACUAUGGACCAAUAUCCGUCUGUCAUUGCCUCAUAUUCUCAAACUUAUAUCGGGGCACACCCACCCACAUGUGAUAAGACUUUCGUAGAGGUUGUGUUAGUAUUUCCAUUGAUAGUUUUAUGAGCCUAGCGGUAGUUUGACAAGGCUUCUGCUGCACCAUGAAUGUAGAAAAAAAUCACUCAUGAGAACUUAACCCGGUAGCAGCGACGGGCCAAAUUUGUGGCUUUACCGUGUACCAGCGACGGCCCAAAUUUUUGCUAUGAUAUAAACCCCAAAAAAUAGAUGAUGCAUAAACUGAUCACAAAUGCGUUGAUAUAUAUCAUGGAAUGGUUUGCGUGAGUGAUGAUUUUUUUCUCAUUUUUCUCGCCUUUAAGAAACAUGAUCCCAGCAGCUACCGGGCUAACUAAUCUGUUUUGUGACCUUUGUAAAUAUUUAUUGUUGAGAGCCGAAGGUGUCUGAGAAUGCAUGGCUUGUCACUAUACUUAACACUUUUUAUAUACGUGUUACUGUGAUAAAUGGACAAUGAAAACGAUAAACUGGAAGACUCAUCAUUCUAUAUUAUAACACACAAUUACAAAACAAUAAAUCAAAUGUACCGUUAA